AUGGUGAUAUUGUAUUUACUUAUUGGUUUUGUAGCGGGCCAAUUCACUAUUAUACCGACACUGUAUAGUAAGUAUACUACCCCGGCAAUGGUUGAUUAUUUCUUGAACACUUUAGAUUGUUCUGGAAAUAACACUGCUGGCUGCCACUUGAAUGUGCCUUUCCAAUUCGCAGUCUAUCAAAUCAACGAUUUUUCAGAUUUCGAGGAUAUUUUUACUUCUGACUCUGAUUAUCUGUUCGUAUAUGAUGCUACUUUGUCAAUCAGCAUGAAUACACUAAUUAGCCAAUACGCAAGAAUAUAUGGGUUCAACCACUUUAUUAUUGACAAUGCUCCAGAAAAGCCUCUACCCUACGUCUACUACUCAUAUUACUCUUUAAGCUCUCACGCAAAAGCUGCUCUAGCUGUUGCAAAAGCUUACAGUAUAGAAAAAGCCAUAACUGUUAUCAGCAGUGAAUUUACAAAAAUUGACUUUAAUAUUGAUGAAAAUGUUGAAAUUGUCGACCAAUUCAUGUUAACAGAACUUGCAACUUACGAUUAUGUAUACUGGCUAUUUUCCAAAAAAAUCAAGCCACUAGGCAUUAAAUGCAUAAUCCUAAAAACUAAUACAAGGCUCGCCAAAUUAAUUCAGCUGGCAAUUGUUGAAGCUGACAUGGACAAAAAGUUAAAUUAAGUUAUUAAGUAUCCGGAAAUAAGCGCUUCCAUAGGCGCUAACCAUUUGCCCCGUCUCGGCUUUGGAUUUCCAGCCUGAACCACCUGUCCAGGAGAUUAGCUCACCCUAUAGACAGAGCCCGCUUCUUGCUAGCGCCCCGAUGGUCCCAAUGAGGAAUGUCCGUGUGGUAGGCAAAACCUGUCUAGCCCAUCUGGCAGGGACAGGAAAAAACUUCGGGGUAGAAACAAAACACCCUGCUUCGGAAAGCUUCCCAUUGAGAAACUACUUGAGCCCUAAAGGCACAUUUCGCCACCUCUCACGCCGGUCCACUGCUCCAACAGGUCGGGCAGCCUUGGAGUCCAAUUUCCGUCAACGCACCAUUUUAUUUCUAUUAUGGACAAAAAGGGAUAUACAUUUCUUUAUGUGCAAGAAGCUGCUUGAGGAGCUUACUUAGAUGGAUCCAUUUUAGUAGAGGAAAAAUGGUACCAUAGCACCGAUUUUUUAUCUUUUAUCCAGACACUUCUUAUAUCGGGCUCUCAAAGUUUCUAUGCAGUUCUUUCCAGUAGUAAAAUUCAAGCGUCAUACUCAGCAUAUAUAAUUUAUAAUAGGAUUGCGAAUGGAAGCCAGUCGAGCUUUACGAUCUGAAAUUUCCAAAGUGGAAAAUUAGUAAGGGUUGGAACUAUGAGCAAAAGUCUUCAGAUUUUUGCGCCAAUUAUGUUUCCUGGAGGAACAUAUAGUUUGCCAAGUAAUGAUAAAAUCCAAAUUCCUUUUAGUAUAAGUAGAGAUGAUUCUAAAAAUAGUGGAAGGAAUGCUAUGAAUCAGGAAGGAGCUGAUUUUGCAAUAGAGAUAAUUAAAAAAGAGGGUUUACUGUUGCCAAAUUUUGAUGUUACGGUUAACAAUAUUACCAAUUGUGAUUUCUAUAUAAAUUAUACUGAUACUUGCUUUCUUAACCAUACCGAUGAGUUGGGUUAUUUUCAUAUUCCUCCAAUAGAGUCCUCAAUGACCUUACAAACUAUUGAAGCUUUCCAGGCUCUCAAUAUUUCGACGCCAAUUAUUGGAGUAGAGACUUCAACUCAAACUAGCAAUUCUAAAUACUACCCGCAGUAUGCCAGAGUUUCGUACCCAAACUCCCGCACAGCAUCUGCAUCUGCUCUAAUUUUAAGUGUAUUUGGAAUAUCAAAGUGCUCUUUAUUAUACUCAGACUCAGUUUGAGGGGAAGAUUUCAGCGAGCAAUUCGAAAAUCAAACAGAAUCAUAUGGAAUUAAGAUUCUCAAUAAAAACAGAGUGAUUCCACUUGGAUAUGAUGGAAUUGAUAAGAAAAGCAUUAAAGAAAUUAUAGAGCGUAAAAGCAGAUAUGUCAUCUUAGAAGUCCAGCAGCCCGAUAUUUUUUAUGUUAUAGAGGCAUUUUAUGAUUUAGGGAUGAGAGAAGGCGACAUUUAUUUGAUAGUUGGAGACGGAAUGGUAAGCAUAUCAGAUUUAGAUGAAAAAGAAAUCGGAACUAGUUCUUAUAAUAAAAGAAAAGAAAUUAUGAGUGGGCUGAUUUAUAUCAGCUUUCUAGCUUAUGAAAACCAAGCUGGACUAGACAUUAAAAACAGUUUUAUGUCUAAAUAUGGUCAUAUCCAUGAUUAUAUGUGCCUAUUUUAUGAUGCUGUGCACCUCGGAAUCGAAGCAAUUUCUGCCUUAUUUGAGCGAGGAAUUAAUUUAGACAGCAAUAAAUAAUUAAAAUAUGGCGUGUCUUCCUGGGCAACGCCUCCCGGCUUCGAGGCAUCGAGCACAUAUUUUGAUUAUAUCCGGCAAGGUUUUGCCAUUCUAGAAAUGAGCAGCACUGCUAGGUAAGCAAUUCUGCAGGAGGCAGAGCUAGCCCAAGUUUGAAUUCUGGGAAGGAUUUUACCUCGUGGGGAAUGAAGGCAUGGUAGUUGGAAAGGGGAAGCCCAGUAAAAAGCCUUUUAGGCCUAUCCGGCAACUCUCUAGCGUGAAAUUGGGUGUUAGGUAUGGUCGCGUGCUUAUCCUUUUUGCCGAUAAUCGGCCAAAAAAUCCAUUUUUUGGAUUUUUUUUACAAACAACUUACUUCGCGAAGGCAGUAGCUAAUCCAUAAGCCGUCGAAGCCGAUAGCAUCGCUCCAAGUGCGUCUGGUGUAACGAAUCAAGUUGCCCCAGAGGCUUGUGGACCCGAUGUAUGGAAGAGGGGUGGAAGGCCUGGGCUUGCCAACCCCUUAGUGGACGUUGAGCAUUUAUAAAAUUAAGUUAAGCUAAGUAGACAGCGAUAAAAUACAAAAAAUAGCCAGAGAUGUGAAAUUCACAGGCUGUUCUGGAGUAGUCCGAAUAAGUCAGGAAGGAAACGACAGACUUACAGUAAAUUUGGGCAUUUAUAACUUAAUCCAAGUGAAUUCUACUUGAACUAUGAAUCUUUGCGGCUAUUACGAUCCAAGCCAAUUGAUAGUCCUGCAAAUUAAUCAACAAUUUUCAUGGACUGCUGAUGGAAAUGUUCCAAGCGACAUUAUAGGAGAUGGCCAAGAGUGCCCAUUUAGGAGUAUCCAAGUCCGAUCUUUCACAUACGGGUAUAUAUUGUUGAUGGUCAUAGAAAUGGUCCCCUAUAUUAUUAUAAUUGGAUUUACUGCAAAAUUCUACCAAUCAGUUUUUAAAAAGUUCCCAAAGCUUGUUACUAUAGAAAGAGAAAAUGUAGUGGAUCUUAUCUCUUAUCUUCUUAUGCUGAUUGAAAGCCUCCAGUAUAUGCAAAUAGGGCCAGAUUUUACAGGCUUUUUUCCACAAUGAUCCAAUGUUACUAAACUUGCUGCACUUGAUAUCAGUGGCUGGUUUAAUGAAGGGUACUUUACAUUUUGAAACUUAACUUAACUUUAUUAGAUUAUAGAGAAAUUCGGCUUUUUACGUCAUUGUUUCACUCCACAUCCUUGCUCGCCAGUCUGGUAUCACAGCCUCGGCAAAUUGUAUUGCUCCCUCUGGACAAGGGCUUGCACUUGCUACCAGGAGGUAAAGACGCUGGGUCAACGUGCCAUACGCCAACGAGGUUUUCCUUUUCCGAAAAAUUCAAAAAAUGAAUUUUGUGGUCAGAGUUGUCAUCCAAGAUGAAACUCGUAGCCCGUGGAGUAACUCCCAGCUUCACGCUAGGAAAUGCCCGACUGGCCAAGCGAACGCCCUCUGGACUUUAGGCUAUCCCUUUCCAACUUCUGAGUCCUAUCUCUUUUGGUGUAAAACUUUGCCCUGGAUGCGAGCCUGCGGUCGGCCACCCAAAAUUGCGCUUAGCCAGACCAAGUAAAGUCGGGCCAAAUACACAUCACCGAACGCUGUUCUCCCUUCAACAAGGCCCCUGGAUUCUAUUCGGCUAUAGGUGUUAAGAGGGCAGGUUGGUUCGCCAAACCAUUUUUAUGUAUUUACAUUUUGAAACGAAAUCCAAUUAUUUGAAGGUCUCUCUCUUGGAUGAUUCAUGCUUUUUGUUUUAUCAAGGCUUAGAUUCAACUUUUUAGGCAUUUUAGAGGACUUUAAUUUAUGGGUUUUGCCAAUAGUUGGAGAUGUGCUAUUCUUACCCAUAAAUUUAUAUUUAUUUGAAACUUAUCAAUGCACAAGCUCAAUAGGAGAUAAUUUUAAAGACAGUUUUCAUGACCAUUACUGCUCUACAUUUUGCUGGCAAGAUGAGCACAUAUACUAUGUGAUAAUUUCAUCAAUUGCAAUUUAUUUAUAUACUCCUGCAAGCUUAUAUUACAGAUUCUUUUGGAAAGAUAACCUACCAUUUCAUUUUAAAGAACAAAAGUUUCACUGCAUUUUGAAAACCUUUGUUCAAAUAACCUUGAUUCUAUUAUAUACCAUUGUUCGACCUGCAUCUGAUAAUAUUUUCUUACUCCCCUCCGUUAGUGAACCAAACCAUUUGAAAAAAUCAAUAUUUUUUUUUCCAAAAAAUUUUUAAUAGAAAAUUUUUUUAUAAAAUAUUUUGACAUAUAAGUGAUAAUUAAUAGAAUGAAAUCUCUAUCUAAUUCUGUUUAAUUGUAAACACCUGCAUUUUAAAACACAAAUUUUACAAAUUAAAUUAAUAUUUGCUUUCAAAUUUUGAGAAUUUUGGUUUUUAAAUCCCCUCCUUGGGCAAAAAUAAAUUUUUUGUUCGCUCACUGGGAGGAGUUAGGACUUGGCAUAGGGCUGCUAAUUAUAUAUAUAAUAAUUUCAAUAUUUCGGCAGCCUUUCACUUACGACCGAGCUUCACUAUGGUAUAUCAUUUUUCUGGCUUGCAGUCUUUUGGUUUGGGCUUGCUGUGCAUUAGAAAAGCUUACUCCCCCCCCCCCUCCGUGAGCGAACAAAAAAAUUUUGUUCGCUCACGGAGGGGGGUUAAUUUUUUUUUUUAAAAAAAAUUUAUAUAUAAAUUUUAUAAAAAAAUAUUUUUUUCGAAAUUUAAAAAAAUCCUAAUUUUGCAAAAAUUGGGAAGCAAAUAUUAAUUUAAUUUGCAAAAUUUAUGUUUUAAAACGCAAUUUGUUUAAAAUUAAACAGAAUUAGCUCUAGAUUUCAUUAUACUAAUUAUCACUUAUAUAUCAAAAUUUUUUUCCAUUAAAAUUUUUUCUAUUAAAAAAAAUUUUUGUUCACUCACGGAGGGUGGGUUUUUGGUCAAAAAAUGGCGAUUUUUCUAAUGGUUUUGUUCGCUCACGGAGGGGGGGGGGGGAGUUAGUAAAAUUGCAGCAUUAGUCACACUUGUAGUGGGAUGGAUACUAUUCGGAGUUGUGGGAGCUAUUUAUCAAAAAUUGUUUCUUCCUUCACUUUUGGAGUCAGAAAAAGGCCAAGGUAUUCAUACACUAUUCAGAUUUCAAUUGUUUGCUAUGAGCCCUGAAGAUGCAGGAAUUGUUAAAACUGUGAAAUAUGAGUACGCUAGGAAUAUGAGCCAAAGCAAUGAUGUAAGGAAUAAAUAUAUAUACAAUUCAGCAGAUAGUAACGCAUUGGAUGAGGAAAACUUGAAAUCCAGUUUACAGUUUUAUGAUAUAGCAGUUUAG